AUGGAUCAUCUAAUUGAAGCAUUCACAUGCGUGAUCCGCAAAGGCAACAACGCGGACGACAUUAUGAACAAUGUGACAGCUUUGUUAAACAGCCGCUCCGAUGCAACCGACAUAUCGAACCACGACCGUCUGGGCAUACUCGACUUUCCUGAUCCAGUAAUCCAAGAAGCAAACGUGGCUGCGACCACGAGCUUGUCCAAAACAGAAUUACUCGAGCGGGCAGCCUCAUCACCAUCAGUCCUCAGUGUCAAAGAAAUCAAUCUCCUCAAACAACGGUACUGGCUCAACCCAACCGCGGCAGAAACGAGUGCCCGCUCGGCCGCUCAACGCACCCUCCUCUCCGUCUCGCAGGAGCAUUGGAAACAAGCAACAGACCAACUGAAGAAGAUUCGCGCCAUGCUUUACGAUGACCACGAGGAGGAAGCCUUGUGGAAUGCUGAGAUGGAAGAAUGGCGACGUAUGAUGGAUGCUUCUAAGCAGNNCAAAAAAAAGCAAGAAGUCGAGAGUCGGCUUGCUACCGCACAGCCAUGGAUAAAACGACUCUGGGAUGAGGAUCAGGGUGAAAAGAAUUGGGGUUACGGCGUAUUUCGUGAUCCUAAGGCAGCCAACGAGGAAUAUGACUCGAGACAAGGUGCUGCUAUCAUGCAUGCACAAGAGGCGACCGGAUGUGGAGGCACGAUUGCUGCUAGAUACACACUGCAGCACUUGAAUUGGCCCGACAGCCCAAGCCCACAAAGUCCCCCCUGCCAGCGAGAGCCCGCAGAAUACCUCAUAUCUUGCUGCAGACGGCAAGCAACACGUACAAGUCAANNCGCCGUAUCAGAGGGCAACAAAAAGAGAGACGAGGACACAACAGCCGAACUUGAAGCAAGGUUCCAGGUACUGCGCCAACACUUCAGAAACGCUCGUGAUCGUGUUCCUGAAAAGCAAAGAACAGCAUUCGACAUGCAGACCGAUUGUGACGCGCUUCAAGAUGGCAUUCUCAGGAACGUGUUUCUCGCCAUCGACCGGCAAUGUAUCAAUUCCCUCUUCUCCCAAACAGGAAACGUCGACGACAUGUGGGUAUAUGCGGUGGAUCCGGAUUAUAUACGGCCUACAGGUGUAUCACCAGACGAGUACAGAGGCUACAUGCGUGUGCGGCUACAGCAAUUGGUAAACAACUUCUUCGAUGCUCGGCGAUUUCACGCCGAUGAGUUCUCCAUGCAGGUGCUCUGGCAUGCUGCACAAGCGAGCAGAAAUCAGGCCUUUGUGUCGGUCAAGAAGUCAGAGCAACAACUUUGGACACUGAGCAGAUUCGUUGGCAGUGCGCUUCGGCCAGAGGGUGUAGCACGUCCUACGGUCAAUCUGCGCUAG